UCCAUCGCGAGUCGCGACGAGCGCUGUCGUUUCUUCGUUGGCUGUAUAAGCGUUCGGGCGAUCGUGGAUCGACGAGAACGGAGCAAACGGAGUCGGGGAGUGGAGGCAGAGUCAGCCAAAUCGCGGGACUUGUGAGGUCGAGCAUUGUCGAGGCGAGUAACGAGCGGUGUAUUGAGCGACGAAUUCCGUCAUAUCAUCCGCUUAUUUGCCGUUCAUCUCGGUUCGCGCGAGAAUACUGUCGGCGUUUUGCGAGAUCCUUCUUCGGUGAAGUCUUCGCGUACACAAGUGCGAUCGAAGAAACCCGCGGAGAUGCCGGAUACGCACUGAACACGCGUACACCGAUGGUUGUGACCAUCGCCACAGUCGCAAUCGUAAUCGCAGCCGAUUCCUGAGGCACGCCGCCGUUUUUCCCCGGAGAUCGUCGGCCGGGAAAUCCCCGGACGCGAAUGCGCGUUCCUCCUCGCGGUCGUGCCGUCCUCGCGCGAGGAUCGCACACGUCUUCCCUCUUCCUCCCGAAAGCGCCGCUAUGCUGACGCUGCAGCAUCAAACGGAGCAAACAAUAGCUUGAAAAUGGGGUUGAGACGACGACGUAACAAACUGAGCGGGACGUCUACGAGGCAAUCGGCUUAGAUCCCGUGAAAGAGAAGAUGACGACUGCCAUGGCCCGGCUACCCUGCAAACAAUCGUCGUCGCCCUCGCAGCAGACGAGAGUGAACAAUUUCGGAAGUAGCCGGAAUCCAUACUGGGAUAUGCAGCAGAUCAGGCAUUCCGCACCAUCGUACGUUAGAAGUCAUCACCGACAUACCGACUAUACAGGAAAGCGGAAGAGCGCUGUUGAACUGCUGCAGGAAACGAAAGCCUUCUACGUAAAGAGCGAGACCGUGCUGGAUCGGAAGCAGGAGCUGAAAAAUAGCGGACACUUGCAAGUUUCGCAGCUGAGCGCGCCUGGCGCACCGCCUCCGAGAUUGCUGCGAAAAUGCACCGGCAACUCAUGCCCCAUGCAGCCGACGUCGCCGUCGCAAUUGCAACCAACUCCCAUGACGCCGCCUUGCUGCUGGGCUUCGUGUCAUGAACAAGACAGACUAGAUGGGAUUCUGAGUCCUCAACAAACACUGCCACCCGCGCUGCCACCGAAGAGUCCACGUUUGGUUCCGGUUCCCCAAAGACGGACGAUUUCGGGACCCCCGAGCGGUACCGGGGGCGAGUUGCAAACAAAGCUGCGUCGACUGCUGAACACCGACAGCAAGGAGAAUAUGUUCUUUCCCGACAGCCCGCCGCAGAGCACGGCACAGAGCAACGGAGUGCCGACACGAGAGGAGAAAUUCCGAUAUUCGCCCGGAAGUCUCUCGCCCGGUUGUCGGGACGAUGACCGUAUUCUGCAUUGCGCGCCGCAAGAUGUUCGUUUCAAGUUUGGCAGAAGCAACUCGCAUUCGCACACUUCGGGUAGAUCCGGUCGGAAGUCAAACAGCUCGCCGUCGGUGGAAAAUACGAUAUGCCACAAGUCGCUGCCAGAUUUACACACGAGUACGCGUCGCCGAGCAUCACUCUCACCGCGCGCAUCCACGAAAUUAUCCGCGAAGCCAUCUGCCCAUCAUCAGGCUACAAACACAAGCAAUUGCCCGGACUAUGAAACUAGUUCAGAUUACUCGGAUCACAGUUUUAAACGUGAUGCCGUUUGUUAUCGCAGUUCCCGCCAUAUCAGGCGAUCUUUGGGAUCUGGUGGCGGCGAUGCGAGCAGCGUGUUAUCCUCGGGUGGACGAACACAGAAGUCAUCGGGUUCCAGCAAGUUGAGCCACGGGGCGACAGCCAGAGACUCCGGCGGUUCCUCUGGACAUUGUACUCAUCGUAGCGAGCCAGCGCCCAGGAUACAGGAUUGUUGGGCUCAUAUACGCAGAGACAGCGGUGCGUCCACACAACAUUCUACUGAAAAAGACCGAUCUAGAAAAGGCAGCUACAUUGGUGGAACACCGCCAUCCGUUGUGAGGCACUACAGUCCGGAAUCUGAAAGUAGCAAUAGUCAAACAGAUUACAGCCCAACUUGUAAUUCAAGGUUCUCUGAUGGUUGGAAGGAAGGUCGCGGUCGACCGAUCCUACGAUCUAAAUCAGAUAUUAGCGAUCGAUAUUGGCGACAGGAUAAUGGCCGUUCCAGCAAGGUAUCCUCUCGCCCGCCGCGAUCGAUGACUCAGCUUGAGAACUUCUUCGACCGUUUAGGACUGGACUCGGAUAACUAUCAGCGUAUAACGGAACCUGACUCCAAGACGUCGUCGCCCAUAUUCUUCGACAGUGUCAGCUCUGUGGACUCGGCAUUGGGUCUCUACUCCUGGGUCGGCACUAAUCAGACGAAUCAGGGUAGUCAGUGGCAAAAUAACUGCAGUAUUGGCAUGGGUAACGAUGAGUGUAACCAAAGGGUAAAUGAUCCACCGAGUAUCGUCGAGCGAAACGCACGUAUUAUUAAAUGGCUUUGCCAAUGCCGCAAAGUGCAGUUAGGAUACAGUUAAACAACGAGUUUCUCAGCAUGAAUAAAUUUUUUCA